CAAAGAAAAGUGUAAUAAGAAAGUGUAACUCUAUUUCUUACACAACUAGUCAAAUAUUUGAAUUUUCUUUGUCACUCUGCUUUAUAUAAGCAUGAGUUUUCUGCGUUAUUGAAACAGCACCCAAGUGAGUUCUUUCAAGCUCAAAUUGGAGAACGAGCUCACCAAAAUCAAAAAAAUCACCAUAUAGUUAUGGAUUCCAUUGCAGCCAUCCCAGAAAGUGAGUACUUUAAAGCUGAAGCUCACUUGUACAGAUACAUUUAUAGCCACAUUAAUAGCACAGUUCUCAAGUGUGCUGUUCAGCUAGAUAUCCCAGACAUAAUCCACAGCCAUGGCCAACCCAUCACUAUUCCUCAAUUGAUCUCCAAAUUAGAAGUUCACCCAACCAAAACUGCCUGUGUGGAGAGGCUUGUUCGCUUCUUGGUGCACAAUGGCUUCUUAUUAGAAACCAAAGUGAACAAUGAAGAAGACAAGGAAAGUGAGGCAUAUACUCUCACUCCUUCUUCUAAACUACUCGUACUUAAAGACUCUAAAUCAGUCUUCAAAGGAUUGGAAUCCAUAGUUGAUGUAGGAGGCGGCACAGGCACCACAUGCAGGAUCAUCUCUGAAGCAUACCCUAAUAUGAAAUGCAUAGUGUUUGAUCUUCCACAAGUUGUUGAAAACUGUUCAGGAAAAAACUUAAGUUUUGUUGGUGGUAGCAUGUUUGGAUCCAUCCCUUCUGCUGAUGCUGUUCUUAUAAAGUGGAUAUUACAUAAUUGGGAUGAUGAAAGUUCUUUGAAGAUACUGAACAACUGUAAGGAGGCAAUCACAAAGAAAGGAGAAGGAGGAAAAGUUAUAAUCAUUGACGCAGUGAUAAAGGAGAAGGACGAUGACGAUGGCAUGAUGCAAGUGAAACUCUUGUUUGACAUUUUGAUGAUGAGUACUCUGAACGGGAAAGAAAGAACUGAGAAGGAAUGGAAGAAGCUUCUAGAAGCUGCAGGCUUCAAACAUUACAAGACUACUCCUCUUUCUGGUUUUAGGUCCAUCAUUGAAGCUUAUCCAUAAUCAUUAUCUGGUUUGGAACUUCUCGGAAGAAAUUUAUCCUUUUAAAAUUUUAUGUUUUUCUCCUAAGUACUUAUGUUGUUGUUGUGGUAAUUAGCCAAGCUUCAAUUACUGAUGGUGAUGAUGUGAGAUUCACAAGUUUAAGGGAAAAAAAAAUUGCUCCAGUUCUUUUAAUUAUUUGCAUUUUUAUAUGAUUUAAGCACGUACUGUUAAUUCUGGCCAAAAAAAAA